AUGGCGUGGCAUGACGUCACCAUCACUAGAGACGACGCCGAGCACGUGGACGCUCGCUGGAAACCUUGUCUUGGCUACAACAGAGACAUCCUCGGGGUCUUGGGCAAGUCAACGGUCGUUCCUACGAUUUACCUUGGCAUCCAAAAUGGAGAUCUUUUUGUCUGGAAAAAAACUGAGGCGUCCAGACGCUUCGCUCUUGAACGAGCACAACAAGCGGCAGCGGGCAACUCUGUUGAUCUUGGCAUCUUCCGAAAGCAUUUGUUGCACUUUAAUGAGUGGGCAGCUGAAUUUAAACGUAGUCGCACGUCGCUCGAAGAUGACCCACGUGAAGGACGGCCAAAAACUGCAACCACACCGGAAACUAUCGAAAAGGUGCUCAAUAUCGUGUUGGACGAUAGGCGAGUAAAGGUGUAUGAGAUGACUGAGGCCGUGGGCAUAUCGGAAGAAAGGGUGCGAAGCAUUUUGCACGAAGAAUUAGGUAUGCGAAAGCUCUGCGCAAGAUGGGUGCCGCAUUUGCUGAAUGCUGAUCAAAAGCAAAUGCGCAAACGACAUUCGCAGGAAUGUUUGGAUCGAUACAAGAGGGAUUCGACCGAUUUUGUGCGGCGAUUUGUCACCAUGGAUGAGACAUGGGUCCAGCACUACACGCCAGAAAACAAACAGCAGUCGAAGCAUGUGUUGACAAUGGGAGAACUGCGGGAUUUGAGAUACGAUUUGCUCGACAAUCCCCCCUAUUCUCCUGAUUUGGCACCCUCGUACUUCCUUCUCUUCCCAAACCUGAAGAAAUUUGUUUCUGGAAAGCGCUUCGCGUCCAAUGAAGAAGUUGAGAGGACCGUAGAUGAAUAUUUUAACAGUCUUCCAGAAUCUCACUUCCGGGAAGGAAUACCGAUGUUGAAGAAACGCUGGACCAAGUGUGUUGAAGUCAAGGGAGAUUAUGUAGAAAAAUAAAAUCGCUUUUUAACUGAAAGUCACAGUCUUUCAUUGUCAGGCCGAGAACUUUUCACCUUGCC